AUGAACGAUGGAGAAAUUCCCUCCCCUUCUUCUUCAAAUCCACUCGAUAUUAACUCCCUUCGAAGUCGAAUUGGGGAGCUCAGAGAUUUUUAUGAAAAUUCGUAUAAUGCCCCUGAAAAUAGCCUGGAGGAGACGGAUAAAUUACUGAACGAGUGUGCUCUUGAGGUCGAGAAGAAUAUUAACCAAGUAGUCUCGGAGUCUUCGCAUUUAAGCUCGUUGCCCGAUGAAGACCUAGAUGAACUUUUUCAGCGUUUAAAGACCGAACUAAGUGCAGUGGAGGCCGAAAAUAUGAAAAUUGAUUGCGAAAUCGACGAGCUUUCGAGGAUAUAUGUGGAAGAGCUAGAGGGUAUAAGCUGUUCACUGAAUUUCAUUGAAUCGCAGAGCCUUGAGAAAGCAAAAGGAGAUAUGCUUACAGAUUGCUGUAACCAAACAGAGGAUGAAACAAACUUGUCUGCACACAAAGACACUAAGUUUAAGAUGCUCGUUCUCAGUCAUCAGAUUGAGAAUAACAAGACAACACUGAAGUCUUUGCAGGAUCUAAACUGCAUUCUCGAGAGGUUUGAAGCCGUAGAAAAAUUCGAGGAUACAUUGACAGGUGUUAAAGUAAUUGAAUUUGAAGAAAACUGCGUUAGAUUGUCCCUGAAGACGUACAUCCCAAAUGUUGAAAGUAUUAUUAGCCAGCAAAAGAUAGAAGGUGCCAUCGAUCCAUUAGAACUGAAUCAUGAAUUGAUAAUAGAAACUGUAGAUGGAACCUUGGAACCAAAAAAUGUUGAGAUUUUCCCAAAUGAUGUAUACAUAGGUGACAUUGUUGAUGCUGCGAAAUCUUUCAGGCAACUUUAUUCUCCAUUGUUAGUCAACGAGAACAGGUCUUCUUUGGAGUGGUUUGUAAGAAGUGUGCAAGAUAGAAUUUCUCUUUUUUCACUUAGGCGGUACGUGGUGAAGAGUGCAAAUACAUCGAGGCACUCAAUCGAAUACUUGGAUAGAGAAGACAUGAUAGUAGCACAUAUGGUGGGUGGUGUUGAUGCUUUCAUAAAGUUGUCUCAAGGCUGGCCAUUCUUGAACUCGGCAUUGGAAUUGAUAUCACUCAAGAACUCAAGUCAGUACUCAAAGGAAAUUUCUUUGAGCUUCCUUUGCAAGAUCGUGGAAGUGGCAAACUCGUUGAAUGCUAACUUGCGUCAGAAUAUAUCGAGCUUUUUGGACAGUAUAGAAGAAAUACUGAUGCAACAAAUGCGCGAAGAGUUACGGGCUGAUAAUAGUAGUGCCUCAAAGUGA